CUGCUCGUAAACAAGCAGCUGAUAGGGCGGCAACAAGCUUGGCCACCCUUCCCGUUAUUUUUCGACAUGGCGAAGCUCCCGCUCUUGGCGCUCGGGGUAGCAGCACUAGUCCUGUCUGCCGCGGGAAUGGUGGCCGCGCAGAAGUGCGGCUGCCGGGCGAACGAGUGCUGCAGCCGGUACGGUUAUUGCGGCACUACCGACGCCUACUGUGGAAAUGGAUGUAAGUCUGGCCCGUGCUCGGGGAGCGGCGGCGGCGGCGGCGGCGGCGGCGGCGGGAGCGGUGUCUCUGUGGAGGGCGUCGUCACCAAGGCGUUCUUCAACGGGAUCAAGUCCCGGGCCGGCAACGGGUGCGCCGGCAAGAGCUUUUACACGCGCCGGUCGUUCCUGGCCGGCGCCCGGGCGAACCCCAACUUCGGGAAAGGCCGCACGACCGACGACGCCAAGAGGGAGAUAGCCGCCUUCUUCGCUCACGUCACACACGAGACUGGACACAUGUGCUACAUCGAGGAGAUCGGCGGGGCGAGGCAGAACUACUGCGACGACAGGAGUCACCCGGAGUGGCCGUGCACCUCGGGGAAGGGGUACUACGGGCGCGGACCGCUGCAGCUGACGUGGAACUACAACUACGGGGCGGCGGGGAAGAGCGUCGGGUUCGACGGGCUCAACAACCCGGAGAAGGUGGCGCAGGACGCAGAGGUGGCGUUCAAGGCGGCACUCUGGUUCUGGAUGAACAACGUGAAGCAGGUCCUGCCGCGGGGGUUCGGCGCGACCACCAGGGCAAUCAACAGCGGGGAGUGCAACGGCGGGAACUCGGCCGCCAUGAACGCGCGGGCGAGGUACUACCGGGCCUACUGCAAGAAGUUCGGCGUCGACCCGGGGCACAGACUCACUUGCUAGGUGCUUUGGGCCCGACCGAGAUCGACAUGCAUGGAACACGCAUGGGUUAUGUAGAAUAAACGUUCGGCAUACUCUAAUAUAAAGCCGUCCAAACCAGAAAUAAAGGGCGAGGAUGUGGUCUACAUACCAUGAUCCUUGCGGUAGUACUGUUCACGAGCUCUACUCUUUUUUCUCAAUCAAUAAAAGGAGUUAUGUUCUUGUUUCUAA